AUGGACCCUUCAGGAGCAGAGCCAAAGCUUUUCGCGACACCUGUAAAAAACGUCUCGCAGGAGAAGUUUAAGAGCCUACGAGAAAAAGUCGGACGGGAGUCACCGUACCUAUAUCGCACCAAACAGCUCUCUGACGUUACCAAAAAACCCAGUCGUGAUACUAGAGGUUCGGUGCUUGAGCUGGGUUCCGAUAGCGCUCCAAAGACUGAAAAAAGAGGAACGCAAGAACCGACCUCAGUGGAGUCCGGUCCGGUGGCUUUUGCCUUCGAAAAUAAGGCUUUAAGUCAAUAUUCGCGUCGUAUCGUAAACAAAGAGCUUGAAACUCGCCGAAUAAUUUCCAAUUUGGUAGCGCUUUUGCUUUGGAACUUGGGAGUCAAGUUCCUAACACUUUUUCUGCAUCAUACGGCGCACGGGAUCAACAUUCAACGGACACUGAUCAAAUGGGCUCAGGAGCUGGUUAUUUACCGUUUGUACCCCCAUGCGGACUUGGAGUACUCACUGUGGUCCCGCACUGCCACAAUUGCAAACAUAUCGCACGUUUUCCACUUGAUAAUCUUCUUCAAUGUCACUGUCUCCCUCUGGCGGCUGGUUCUUAAAUCCCAAAAUGUCAAAAUUGACGAUUUACACCUCAAUAACCGUCAGAAACAGCUACUAGGCGUCUCAGAGCCAUCUACAUCGAGCAAACUGCCGAUGCAAGCUUCUCAGGCGAAACAAAGCCAUAUCGGGUCAGAAACUCAAUCAAGCAUACCUUUACAGCUGGAUAAUGUGAAUCUGGCCAAGAGAAAUCCGUCACCUGUAUAUUUGUUCAAAUCGCUCCAGACUCCUUUGAAGUCGCGACAACAGGAAUCUUUACUUUUCACAGGUGUCAGAAGCGCUCAUGUGAAAAAAGUGAAUGCAUUCGGAGAUCUUAAUACAUCUUCUCUCAAGAGAGCAAGUCUCACUCCCCCUCAGACGACCUCUAACGCCUUUAUGACCCCUAAAAAUCGUAAUGGCUUUAUUCCCAGCAGUAAAUAUGCAUAUAUGCGGGACUCUCCAAGUCCAAGGAAAACUCUAUAG